AUGGCCGGCUUCAGCCCCAGCCUGGGAGACACCCUGCUGGGCCUGUGGCUGCUCUUGCUGGAAGCCCCGGCUCUGGUGCCCGCCGCCUCCAAAGCCAUCGUUUGCCAGGAGAUCACCGUGCCCAUGUGCAAGGGCAUCGGCUACAACCUCACCUACAUGCCCAACCAGUUCAACCACGACACCCAGGACGAAGCUGGCCUGGAGGUGCAUCAGUUCUGGCCUCUGGUGGAGAUCCAGUGCUCCCCGGACCUCAAGUUUUUCCUCUGCAGCAUGUAUACCCCCAUCUGCCUGCUGGACUAUGCCAAGCCCCUGCCCCCCUGCCGGUCGGUGUGCGAGAGGGCCAAGUCGGGUUGCUCCCCUCUCAUGAGGCAGUACGGCUUCGCCUGGCCCGAGCGGAUGAACUGUGACAAGCUGCCCGUCCUGGGCAACGCCGAGAUGCUGUGCAUGGAUUACAACCGGACCGAGGUCACCACCUUGCCCCCCUAUUUCACCAAACCCACCCGCCCCUCCAAGAGCGGCCAGAUAAAACUCCUCCCGUUAUCGGGCCAGCACUCACCCGGGAACUGCAGACGGGCUUGUCAGUGCCAAGAGCCCCUAGUGCUGAUCUCCAAAGAAACCCACCCUCUCUACAACAAGAUCGAGACGGGCAGCGUGCGCAACUGCGCCGUCCCCUGCUUCCAGCCCUACUUCACCCAGGACGAGAAGACCUUCGCCACUUUCUGGAUUGGCCUGUGGUCCGUCCUCUGCUUCAUCUCCACCUUCACCACGGUGGCCACUUUUCUGAUCGACAUGGAGAGGUUCAAGUACCCCGAGCGGCCCAUUAUCUUCUUGUCCGCCUGCUAUCUCUUCGUGUCCAUCGGCUACAUCAUCCGCCUGGUGGUGGGCCACGCCAACGUGGCCUGCAACCAAGAUUACAACCACAUCCACUACGAGACCACGGGGCCGGCCCUUUGCACUGUGGUCUUCCUCCUGAUCUACUUCUUCGGCAUGGCCAGCUCCAUCUGGUGGGUCAUCUUAUCCCUCACCUGGUUCUUGGCGGCUGGGAUGAAAUGGGGGAACGAGGCCAUCGCCAGCUAUUCCCAGUAUUUCCACAUGGCCGCCUGGCUAAUCCCCAGCGUGAAGUCCAUUGCCGUGCUGGCCCUGAGCUCGGUGGACGGCGAUCCGGUGGCCGGCAUCUGCUACGUGGGCAACCAGAACCCUGACAAGCUCCGGGGUUUCGUCUUGGCACCUUUGGUGGUGUACCUUUUCACUGGGACCAUGUUUCUGCUGGCAGGGUUCGUGUCCCUCUUCAGGAUCCGGAGUGUGAUCAAGCAAGGAGGCACCAAAACGGACAAGCUGGAGAAGCUGAUGAUCCGGAUAGGGAUCUUCACGGUCCUAUACACCGUCCCGGCGACCAUUGUGGUGGCGUGCUACAUCUACGAGCAGCACUACCGGGAGAAAUGGGAGCUCGCCCAGAACUGUUCCUGCCCUGGGGACAAACAAAAACCGAAGCCCGAUUAUGCUGUCUUUAUGUUGAAGUAUUUCAUGUGCCUGGUCGUGGGAAUCACCUCCGGGGUCUGGAUUUGGUCGGGCAAGACCCUGGAGUCUUGGAGGCGGUUCACCGGGAGGUGUUGCCAGAGCGGGAAGCCCGUGGGUACACCCAUGUACAGCGACGCCAACGCGGCUCUGACGGCACGGACCGGGGUGCCCAGUUCGGCUUCCUACCAUAAACAAGUCCCGUUCUCGCAUGUAUGAAAGCAAAAGCGGCUUGCUCGAGGGGAGCAGGUAAGCGCAGCGUGACUUGAGUCCCCAACUGGAAAGAUUGCAGUCACAGAACCAGGGGCUUUCUCUCAUUUCGGUUCCAAGACUCUGCGCAUCUCCCCCCUGUGAUGUCUGACUCAGCCUCUGGUGUCACGCUUAACUAUUUAAUUUGAGAAACGAUGGUUUCAGAUCCAUUCCGCUCGGUUGAACUGGGAUAUCAUGUCCGACAGGUGUUUGUCGCUGGUUUCUAGGUAGCAGGACUUUUAAAAACCUGUGUAAUGCUUUUUGUUUUAAUUUCAGCAAUGUGUGCACACAACUACUGAAGUGGGAAAUACAAAGAAGCGACACGAAGGGAGGAUCUACUUUUAAGACAGGUGGCUUGGGAAGCAAGACUCUGGUUUCAGGUUUUAUUUUUGGAGGGCUUAAAUCCACCCUUGUCUCUUUUGACACCCGUCCGUGCCAAAAUCCCAUGCCAAGGAGUCUCAUAAAGGAACUUGGCAUGUGUAUUAGUUUCUCCUGUGCAGCUGCAAGGAAAGAGUUUAAACAUUUAAAAAAAUAGGAAGGGGUAGUGUGUGCUGCCUUAUACUGAAUCAGACCCUGGGUCCAUCAAAGUCAGUAUUGUCUACUCAGACUGGCAGCGGCUCUCCAGGGUCUCCAGCUGAGGUUUUUUACGCCUAUUCACCUGGACCCUUUUUAGCUGGAGAUGCUGAGGAUUGAACCUGAGAUCUUCUGCUUACCAAGCAGAUGCUCUACCACUGAGUCACCGUCCCUCCCAAAACUGCAUCAGUUUUGAUGCGGAGGUUUCAAGGAAGCCGUCCCCCCCCUCCCGCCAGAUCCAGAAGGAAUGCAGCAUCUUCACAUGUGCUGCCCCCCCCUCUUUCUUGGCCCAAAGAAACACAGGUCAGGUGUUUCUAACAUAACGCCCGAAAGCUGCUUUUAAACAUAAACUAAACUUUGAAAAUGUUUCCUGUCUCCCUGUCCCGGGGCACCAGACCCUUCAAAAACAGGGUGUGGAGGAGGGCGGUGGGAACGUUGUUAAAUCCAAAACCCGUAACAGGUUUUUCUCAAAAGUUGAUCUGAGUGCUUAAUCUCCUUUGGCAUAAAGGAAGGGAACCAGACAGCAAUUGAGAUGACGUGGUAAGGAAAUUGCUUUGACCACAGUCCUGAAGCUGGCUGCCCAGUCUUAGGCGAGUUUAUUCUGAAACGGAGCUCACGGAAUCCAGUGGGACUUACCCCCCCCUAAGUAAUUACCCCCCAGAAUCUUAAAAACAUGGGGGGAGGGAGACAUUUGUUUCCUGGGACUGCUUUCUUCACCACACCCGUCUUAUCUUUGUAUCUCCUCUCCUGCCCGCCGCUUGUGGGAUCCUAUGGCUUUAAUGCCUGGCUGCUAUUUGUAAAAAAAAAAAGAUGGGAUCUGUACCAGAAAUCUGUGUGAACACAUAUCUGUGAACUAUAGUUGUUGUGCCUCUCCUCUCUCUUCCCCAGUAGAAAAGAGGACUCUACCACUAAUGCGGUCUCCAAAAGUUGAAUUCGCUGGGUCAAAGCAAAAUUAUGGGCGUGGAUAAUCACAUAUCGCCUCUCUUUACAGAGGGGGCUCGGCUCUGUCUGGGGCCCAAAGCGCUGGCUGCAGAGACCCCUUCUGUGUGGGUCUUAUCCUCUGCAAGCUGACCCUGUCCCCACUAACAGCAAAGCAGUAUUAGAUCUGGCAGUGGGUCUCUUCCGAUGCAAAAAAAAUCUUUGCACUUCAAAUGUCAAUGAGAAAACAGGCAAAAAGGCUUUCCCCCAUCACACACACAAGUUCUGCCCACCAGCUUAUUCUGUGACACGUUCAGUCUGCAAAGAGAACGACAGUUUUAUUAAGUGGUGGCCAAACUGUGGCUCAGGAGCCACAUGUGGCUCUUUCGCACAUAUUGUGUGGCUCUUGAAGCUCCCACCACCCUGACAGCCAGCUUGGAGGCGUUCAAAGUUAAAGUUGCUUUCUUUCUACCUCCCCCUUUCUGCUCCCCAUCUUCCUUCCUUCCUUCCUCCCUCCCUCCAACAUCUGACAUUCGUGUCUUGUGCUCUCAAACAUCUGAUAUUUAUUCUGUGUGGCUCUUACAUUAAGCAAGUUUGGCCACCCUUGGUUUUAUCGACCGCUGACCAAGUGAACAGCUCAGAGGCUUGGAGAGGGCUCAGCCUUUGUGAAUGACAUGGAGGGAGGGAAUGUAGAGUGCUCCCUCCCCCCUUUUAGCCAGGACUUUGGGGGUAACCUCCUGCAGCAAGCUACAGCACUGGACAAGCCUGGGGAACGGUAUUACUGUGACCGUUGGGUUGUUUUGUUUUUCUGUGGGCUGGCCAGUAUGGGGAAAUCCAGUGCUUGGGGUGUCUUGCCUGUGCGAAUCAGCCAUCGCAGGUCAAAUACUUCCGAUCCUUCCAAGACAAUCCAUUUUCACUGGAA